AUGGCUGGUAUCAAGCGCGAUUCUUCCGGCGCCGACGAGGAGAAGGGUGGCCCUCUACAGGACGUUGAGCUCAGCGAUGAGGAUGCCAAAAAAUUGACUGUCAUGCAGAAAUCCCUCGCCAGGACUGAACUGGCCCUUGAGCGCGUGGCUCAGCAAAAACUUAGCGCGGCUUACGCCAAGCGUCGCGAAAUCGUCAAGUCCAUCCCCAAAUUUUGGCCGGUCGCGCUCAUGAACAACGAAAUGGUUGCUGUCCACAUCCAACACAGCGCCGAUCAGCUCGCAUUGAGCUACUUGGAGGAUCUGUGGGUUGAGAGAGACAAGGCUGAGCCUCGUUGUUACACCAUUGAGUUUUAUUUCAAGGAAAAUCCUUAUUUCAGUGACUCUGUGCUGAAGAAGGAAUACAAAUAUGUGCCACCACCCGCGGCGGCGGACGAAACGCCUGAUGAAGAUGGCAUCACCGAGUCUAGCCUGGACUUCUCAUGGCAGCGUGAUGUCUCCAUUUCUGCCAUUAAGAUCAACUGGAAGGAUGAUUCCAAAAAUUUGACCAAGUUAUAUCCUCGUGAGAAAGACGAAGAUGAUGAUAUCCCAGCCGACCCCGGCAGCUUCUUCAACUACUUCGAGCACGAAGAGGACUCCUUUGAGACUGGGAUGGUCAUAGCGAAUGAGAUAUUCCCAGAAGCGAUCGAGUAUUUCUUGGGCACAGCAGAGGGUCAGGAGGAUGACAGCGAGGAUGAGGACAGCGAGGACGACGAUGCCGAAGAGAUUGAUUUGGAGAAGCCGAGAACGAAGAAGAGAAAAGUAUAG